AUGCUCAUUGCUGACUACUGGAAUCAUCGUAUCAUCCAAUGGAAGAUGGGUGAUACGAAUGGACAAGUAGUAGCUGGUGGCCAUGGCCAAGGAAAUCGAUCGGAUCAAUUGAAUUAUCCAACCGAUAUGUUGAUCGACAAAGAGACGGAUAGUCUCAUUAUUUGUGACCGAGACAAUCGACGAGUCGUACGAUGGUCUCGUCGUAUUGGUACAACUCAAGGAGAAAUCCUCAUCGACAACAUCCGUUGUUGUGGAUUGGCCAUGAAUGAUCAGAGAUAUCUCUAUAUCUCUGACGAUGAAAAACAUGAAGUAAGACGGUAUCAGAUAGGAGACAAAAAUGGAACUAUCAUGGCUGGUGGGAAUGGUAAUGGUGCUGGUCUCAAUCAACUUGACUGGCCGAAAUACAUCUUUGUCGAUCAACAACAGACUGUCUACGUGUCAGACGAAAUAAAUCAUCGUGUUAUGAAAUGGAAUAAAGGUGCAAAAGAAGGAAUUGUCGUCGCUGGAGGUCAAGGUAAAGGGAAUGCUAUGACACAAUUGUCGCAUCCUAACGGACUGUUCGUCGAUACAUUGGGUACUAUCUAUGUGACAGACUCGUUGAGUAAUCGUGUGAUGCGUUGGCCUCAAGGAGCAAAACAGGGCACUGUCAUUGUGGGUGGAAAUGGUUGGGGAGCAGGGGCAAAUCAGUUCAACUAUCCCAUUGGUUUGUCCUUCGAUCGUCAUGGCAAUCUCUAUGUUGCCGACUAUGGAAAUCAUCGUGUUCAACAUUUUUCAAUCGAAUAA